CACUUCGUAUGGCUGGCAACGUUAUUUUUAAUAAAAAACUACACUAAAUCAAUUUAUUCUGUUUAAAAUCGCAUGUCAUAACGUAAUACGUGCUUGUUGGGUGCAUAUCUAUAAUUUCACGCACACACUUUUUCUACUGCAUUGCCAAAUUGACAAUUUUUGGUGGUUGCCGACAGCUAAAUUUUGUUAAUCACUGAUUUAAUUAUUUUUGUUACUUGUGAUAUAAAUAAAUAAAUAAAAUGGCACAAGGCGAGUCGCAGCCAGAAAUUGUUGACUUGGAAGAAUGUCCACUGCCUGGGUUUUCGUCAAUUACUCAGUUUUCUAAUGAGGGGAUUAAAAAGAUUUUGGCUGCCACGAGAGCGUUCCAAUCGUUGCCUUCAUCAGGACCUGCGUGGGACUUGCAGAAGAGCUAUCCAGAGUUUAAUAGAGCGAUGAAAAAUGCUAGAAAAAGACUUAUCCCAAUGAUAACUUUGUUGCUGAACCACGCCAACAUUUCUACAGAAGAAUUCAGAUUUGGUGAUAUCGAUGAAAAGUUUGAGUUUCUUGUAGAAGCCAACGAUGACAUGCUGGAAAGAAUUGGAUGCGCGUUGGAUGAAGCGUCAGGACUGUUCCAGAAGGCACAUACUAUUGUUGUUAAUCAAGGUAUUGCAUCGUACUCCCUCAGACCUCCAGGUUUGUGGGGUAAAAGGAAAGCGGAAGUUGAACAGUCGGAUCCUACAUCAUCCACGGUCAAUGCCGACGACGACGACAAAGCAAUGCCGGUAGAAGUUCAACAAAAAAUGAGUAACCGAGAAAUCAAAAAAGCUGUGUACAAGCGAACUGUAAAGGAGAAACCUCAAGUGCGAUUCAAAACACCUGUGGACAAUAGUCCCUCUCCGUUUGUCCCCAAAUUGAAAGAAAAGCCAAAUUCUAUCAAACCAUUGUCGAUUCUUCCCGAGUAUAAUAGUAAAAAUGAAGAGUUUUAUGGACACCCAUAUUCCGUGGAAUUGAACCUGUGGGAACCAUCCGAUUCAAUGCUGACGACAGUUUCCCCUCAACUCCCCAAGGCUCUUCAGGAUACUCCACUAGUUGAAGUUAACACUGCUCGAGAUAUUGAGCAACUAUUACGAGAUUUGUAUCCUGUAACGGAGUUGGCGGUGGAUCUCGAGCAUCAUGGAUAUCGUAGCUUUCUUGGUUUCACGUGUUUAAUGCAAAUUUCCACCCGGGACAAGGACUAUAUAAUUGACACAUUAGCUUUACGAGACCAUCUUUAUCAUCUUAACGAAAUUUUCACCAAUCCAAAAAUUGUUAAGGUUUUUCAUGGAUCAUCGAGUGAUAUUGAAUGGCUACAGAAAGACUUUGGGUUAUACGUAGUGAACAUGUUUGACACUCAAGUAGCUGCGAAGCUCUUAAGUUUCCAACAAUUUGGUCUACAAGGCUUGCUCAACAAGUAUUGUGGAGUGACUCAAAACAAAACGUUUCAACUGGCCGAUUGGAGAAUCAGACCACUUCUCAAGGAAAUGAUCCACUAUGCUCGCCAGGACACUCAUUCUCUGUUGUACAUUUAUGACAUGAUGAGGAAUGAGUUGAUAGAUACCAGCAACGAGCGGAACAAUUUGUUAGUAGCAUUGUACGAGCAGUCAAAACUGGUAUGCUUAAAGCGGUACGAGAAACCUGCAAAUAACUCCAAACUUUCUUUAAGAAAAAUGAGGCGAAACCUCAACAAUCGACAGAUCUAUGCGUUUAUGGAGCUGUACAAGUGGCGUGAUGGUGUCGCACGUGAAAAAGAUGAGAGUAUUGCCUACGUUUUGCCAAACCACAUGCUGUUGAUGAUAUCUGAGCAACUGCCAAAGGAAAUGACUGGAAUACUUGCUUGCUGCGAUCCAGUGCCUCCGUUAGUUCAAAGUAGUCUGGGAGUAAUUCAUAAAAUUGUUACGGCCGCCCGAGCAUUAACUUUGCAGGAACAUUCAAAUGAGGAAAAGACAGAUAAACGUGAAAAGUUGAAGGACUGGGUGAUCUUAAUGAACUCUGUUCACGAUGUAAAUCCUGAAGAAAUCUCUCAAAUAAAUAAUACUAAACGGGAACAAGACGAUGAAAAAUCCCAUACGGAGGAGGGUCAAGAAAAAAAUCAUCAUGCCCAAUGCACAACACAAGAAUGGCCCCAACCUCUAAAAGAACCUCUCGUUGCUCCAUCCUCCUUUGCAUUUAACCCUUCGAUUGUUUUCAACACUAAAAUCAAACGAAUCCGAACUAAUUCCAGUCGCAACAAAGUUAAUAAGAAGGCAAAUAAUGAGUCUAAUUUUGAAACCGCUGAGACCCCAUUUGAUAGAUACCAACUUAGCAAGGAAAUAAUGGAGAUGUUGAAAGAUCCGAUAAAAAAGGAAAUCCUGGACAUGGAAAAUUCUAUGGUCAGAGCUGUUUACGAGACCGUAUUUUGUGAUCCUGAUGAAUUCGACCAAGAUAAAACACAGAACGAACCACAAGAGCUGGAGAAGGUGUUUACGGAUGGAGAGUUCAUUCCCUUCAAUCCAUUGAUAAAUGAGAGUGAAGUCAAUAGUAAGAAGAGGAAAAGGAAGGAACAUUCUGCUAAUACUUCUCAAAGUGAAGAACCGAAGAAGAAGGAGGCAAGACUUGGUGAUGUUGUUGAGAAAGGUUCGGACAACCGCGACAGUCAGUCUAGGUCAACCAUGGACGAUUUCAUGAAUGUACCUGCUUCAUCAUCAAGCAAUCAAGGGAACCAAAAAAAGAAGAAGGGGAACUUUUUGAAUAAACUGAAAAAUGCUUUUGGUAAAAAGGGUGGAAAAGGAAGGAAAAAUGAUGUAACCCAAACACCUAAACCUGAACAACACGCAUCUAAUUCCAGACGAGCUAGCGAUCGUGUUCAACAACGUUCUCAACAACGUUCAAGUGGCUCGAGAUCCAGCCCACGAAACCAGUCAACGAAUAAUAAUAAUUCUUCUACCAAUCAAAGAGAUAAUGGAAGAAAUCGCAAAAAUAAUAAUAAUAACCGGGGCAAAAAAGCCGGCAAAUUUUUCAAUUUUCAGAAGCGUGGAGGAGGAGAAAAGAGUAUGACAUUUAAGUAAUGUAAUAUUCGUAAUAUCGUAUCGACAUGACGUAUGUAUUUAUUAUGUAUAAAUUUCGGUAUUUGCAGUAAAAUUAAUUUCCUUGAA